AUGGCCGCGGCGCCGGCGCAGGGCACAGGCCUGCAGCCCAAGAAGAUGUUCAACCUGGUGAACGACAAGCUGGCUGCGGGCGCCGCGAGGCUCAACGGAGGGGAGUACCAGGACGUCGACAUCGCGAUCGUCAAGGCGACGAACCACGACGAAGUGCCGCCGAAGGAGAAGCACGUGAAAACCCUCAAGGAAGCUGUUUCCAGCGCCCCAAGUCGAAGAAAGGUCAUUUACAUCGUCCAUGACCUGUAUGAAAGGUUGAAGACCUCAGGGGAGGACUGGCUGGUGGUGAUGAAGACCUUGAUGGUGUACCACAGACUUAUGAAGGCAGACAACCAGUGCAGCUUCAAAAUGGAGAUGUGCAAGUACAAGGACAAGAGGAAGCUGAACACCUUUCUCCGUCUGGACAAUUUCAGUGAUAAUUCCAAAAAGGAAACAUGGGACUACUCGGCUUGGGUGCGUGCCUACUCCAUCUACCUGGAUACCCGCCUAGAGAUUUACAGAACUGUGUCUUUCGACCUGGAGCGCGAUAUUGGAGCUGGAGAAACCAAGCUGAAGACCGCAGGGUCUCGUGAGCUCCUUGACGUGCUGCCACGGCUGCAGCAGCUGAUGCAGAGGGUGCUAGGUUGUGUGCCGGAGGGGGCUGCAGCCGUUAACUCUGUCGUGAUGGAGGCCUUGAAAUGGGUCCUGAGCGAGUGCUUCCGGCUGUACCGCGCCAUCUCUGAGGGCGUUAUCAACCUGGCGGACCACUUCUUCGAGAUGGACCGUGUGGAUGCGCGCAAGGCGCUGGACAUCUAUCGUGAGGCCAUAAACAGCACUGACAGGCUGCAAGAGUACUUUGCAAAGAUCCAGAACAUGGCCGCAGGCAAGGCACUGCAGUUCCCGCAGCUCAUGCCACCCCCAGAGGACUUUUUGGAUCAGAUGGAGGCGUACGCAAAAGGGGCUCCAGGACCAGCGGGAAAAGGUGGAGAGAACAAGGGGACUGUUGUGACAAGGAUCGGCACACUGAUCCACCGUCGCGAAGAUGCUAACUCCACACCACUGACUGUAACGACCACCGAUAACGGCAACAGCGCUGAACCUGCAGCUGUGUCAGCACCAGCGGCAGCAGACGAUGACCUGCUGGGCUUUGGAGACCUCUCGAUUGACAGCACCCCAGCACCGCAGGCUGCCGUCCCAGCCACUGCGGCCUCUGACCCCUUUGGCGACUCCGCCUUCGACGCCCCGCUGCCAGCCGCCCCCAAGGUCUCUGUCCGCGAGCUCCCGACCUCCUUGGCUGCCCCUGCCGACCCCUUCGCGGUCCCCGCCCCACCCAGUGCCUCCCCGUCCCCAAGUCCCACCAACCUGCUGGAUGACUGGGGCGUCACCAACUUCCAGUCUGCUGAGCCCGCCCCUGCCCCUGCCCAAGGGAUGCCUGGCGACCCCUUCGCUGACCUGGCAUCCCCAAUGCCAUCCCCAAUCCCAUCCCCGAUGCCAUCGCCAGGCGCUUUCCCUCCCGCGGCUCAGGGCUUUGGAUUUGAGGAGCCAGCUUUCCCGCCGCCGGCGCCGGCCAUGCAAGCGGCAUUCCCGGCACCCUCUGGGGGAGGCAAUCCAUUUGCAAUGGGCGGUGGGAUGCCUCCCACAGGGUACCCUGGUGGGGGGGCCCAGCCGGUUAUGCAGGCAACGCAGGCAGGGGGCCAGAGGUCGGUGCCUCAGCAGGGUUACCAGCAUCGCGUGAGCGACCCGUUCGGAGACAUGCUGUCAGAGAUGCUCCCUGCCAA